AUAUAAAUAAGGCUCAAGCAUGAGGCGCUCAGUAAAGUCUCGCCUCGCGGACGGGCGGGGGCAAGGAUGGCGCUGGAGGAGGAGCAAGAGGAGCGUAGCCGAGGAGGCGUGGCCAAGGAGAAAGAGGAGCGUAUGCGAGGAGGCGUGGCCUCCGAGAAAGAGGAGGGGCGUAGCCGAGGAGGCGUGGCAUCGGAUUGGAAAGAGGAGGAGCCUGGCCAGGGAGGCGUGGCCUCGAAGAAAGAGCUUAGCCGAGGAGGGGUGGCCAAUGAGAAUGAGCAUAGCCGAGGAGGCGUGGCCUCGGAGAAAGAGGAGGAGCUUGGCCAGGGAGGCGUGGCCUCGGAGUGGAAGGAAGAAUAUAGCCUCGGAGGCGUGGCCUCGGAGGAGGAGCUUAGCCGAGGAGGCGUGGCCAAGGACUUUAAAAAGGAGGAGCUUGGCCUCGGAGGCGUGGCUUCGGAGGAGAAAGAGGAGGAGCCUGGCCUUGGAGGCGUGGCCUCGGAGUGGAAAGAAGAGUAUAGCCGAGGAGGCGUGGCCUCGGAGGAGGAGCUUAGCGGAGGAGGUGUGGCCAAUGAGAAUGAGCGUCGCCUUGGAGGCGUGGCCGAAGAGGAGAAAGAGGAGGAGCCUAGACGAGGGGGCGUGUCCUCGGAAGCGGAGGAGGAGGAGCUUGUGUGCGGCAUCUGCUGCCUGCCUUUCGACCGCUGCGGGCGCGCGCCCCGUCGCCUGGGGGGCGGGCGCGGCUCGUGGAAGCCCUCGCGCUGCCGGCACGUGAUCUGCAGCGCGUGCGUGUGCCAGCUGGCGCGCGAGGGCUGGUGGGAGAAGGUCACGUGCCCCUACUGCCGGGCCGUCACCCACCUGAGGGAGCGCAGCCACCCGCUCGUGGCCGGCGUCAGGAGAGGCAGCGGCGCCGGGAGGAGGCGCCUCGUCCUCCCGCCCAUCGACGCCGAGCUCUGGCACCGCGUCGCCCGCCGACAGGAGGAGGAAGAGGCCCGUGGAAGCGGCGGCGAAGCGAAGGAAGAGGCCGCUGAGGAGAAAGAAGAAGAGGACGGCGACGCUGAGGAGGAGGAGGGGCAAUGGCGGCUGUGGAGGGCCCUCAAGAAGCUCGUCAAGGGAGGCAGGCGGGCGCAUGCGCAGAGCUGGAGGGGGCGUGGCCGGAGUAACUCCCUGGAGGCGGGGCGAUGGAGGAGGGCGGAGCCUAUCAACCGUGAGUGGCCCUCCCUCUACCUCUCCCUCCCCACCUUCCUACGGGCCUGACGUGAAGGACUUGGCGCUCAUGACUUGCUACAUCAUCUGAAGGAAUGUGGAAGGCUUGACGCAACCAAGCUGAUGACAUGCUGCCUCAGGAGAAUGUCACCUCCUUGCCAUUUACAAGUUUUGGCGAAGCUGGGCCUCGGCUACUCCCAGGGUGUUCCUUCCCUGCAACAUCUGGAGGAUGACAAAGGUUGAUGAACCCUCCGGUUGCCACACGUGAAAGAGUCUCAUCCCUGGUCCAUCAUUUUCUGAUACGUGAAAUGCAGCAGGAGUUGGGAGAUGAAACAGAAAGAGGAGGAAAGGAUAAUGCAUCAUGACCAGUCAUGUGGGAUGCCAGCUGACUUCUCUUUCAAGAAGAAUCAAGAGUAUUUCUAUUUCUUUGCAGAUAGUUUGUCCUAUGUAUUUAUGAAACAUGAAGAGGAGGAAAGGCUAAUGCAUUAUGUCCAGUCACACGGGAUACUAGUUGAUUUCUCUUUCAAGAAGAAUCGAGUGUUUUCUAUUACUUCUUCGCACAUAGUUUGUAUUUAUAUGGCAUUUUUAAAUUCUGUCCCCUCCCCUGAUGAACUUUUCUAUUGCCUGUUCAUAAAUGUCUGAAAAAGCAUCUGAAAUUGACCUGAUCUGUAUGUUUAAAUCUAGUGAACUUUUAUUUCUGGCUGGAGGGAGGAAGAAGGAUAGCGAUAGUUUCCUCAAGUCCUUAUUUGUGUGAAUAUCCUGCUUUCCUUACCUCUGCCUUGAGAGAAAAUAAUGUUUUACAUUUUUCUUUUGUCCACUUCAUUGAGAAGGCAAACAAGAUGGAGAAACAUGGUGUUUCAUAUCGUUUAUUUAGGAGGGGUAUUUAAAGCUUGAAACAGUUCCUGUUGAGAUGGGGUGAUCGUCUCACACAUUUGGCCUUCUUUGCUUAUUAAUUGGGUACACUAGGAAGAGAUAAAGAGAUGCUUCAUUGCUAACCUCUUGUCUUCUUGGGAUAGGCAUUCAAGCCCAGCCAGGUUUUAUUUCUGGCCCAUAAAGGAGUUCUAUAGCUUUCUGAGGUGUUGAUUUGGUGGCCAAGAUGCCCUUUUCUUUCCCUGCUUUGUUACAAAUGAAGAAAUGUGUUUACAGACUCUCCCCUAUUUUCAAAAUCUUACAAUCAAGGUGUUUGUGAAGGAUAGUUGGAUCUUCCUGAAUAGUGUUUUGUUGCCAGAAAGAACGAGUUUUCAAUUAUGGUUCUUGUUUUGAUAAGAAACAUUUCUGUGAAAUAUACUUGGACUACAUAACAAUUCCGUAUUUAAUUCUUGCUCAAAUGUCUUAAGUGUUUUUGCUAUUGUAACUUAUUUGAAUUUUAAUAAAAACCUGAGAUUUGUAA